AACCCCACUCCAGUCAGUGCAGACAGAAGCAAAUACGAUGGAUACUCCUGUUUUUGUAGAGCUAUUUUUCAAUAAAACCUAAUAAACCAGCACAUUUACUUGUCCCCGUUUGUGGUAGCUAAACUAUAAACUAUUAAAUUACGUUGAGAAACCAAUUAUAUAGUACCAGCAUAAACGAGGAAUACGUCCGUUUUUGGAUUUGUUGUAUGCUCGGGGUGAUGUUCUUUGGAACAAGAUUUUCUUAUUCAGAACAGAACCAUUUCCAUCACCCACAAUAGUUCCGAUAUGACGAAGUAAAAUCGCUUAAAAUAAAAAAUCUUCGUUCUAAAACAUAACUUUCCAAAUUUGCCUAACAAGCUAUUUAUAAAACCAUCUAUUUUCCACCAUGGAGAACAAUACAUUGGAAGCAAAAUAUCGAAAGUUAGCAAGUGAAUACUCAAAGCUCAGAGCCCAAGCUAGUGUAUUAAAAACAGCAGUUAUCGAGGAACAAAACAAGAGUUCCACUUUACGCGAAACUUUACGACAAAAAGAAACAUCUCUGCGCCGAUCGGAGCAUGAAGUAGAUAGCUUGGGUUUUCGAAACAAACAAUUAGAGCGUCGGGUAGCCUCAUUGCAAGAGGACAUUGCCUCUAAAGAGAAUCGCAAGUCCAAUAAGAACCAAAAGACUGAUGCUACCAACAAUGGUAAGAUUAAAUCGAGCUCAUCGUCCAGUAGUGGUUCCGGUCAACAAGAUAUAAGUGGUUCUAGAUUUUCCGAAUACUUCGAUAACACUCAAGAGGUUUUAAUAUUCGAGGAAUUGCAAAAGAAAAUCCUUGAAAAUGCCGAACUUACAUCUUUGAUCGACGACAAAAAUCAGGAACUUCAAAUGCACUCUGAGCGUAUAUUUAAUUUGGAAAAACAGUUAGAAAAACGAACAACAGAAAAUAUGGAAAUAGAAAGACGACUAAGAAAGGAUAUCGAUUCGUUUCAAGCAAGAAUCUCAGAAUUGGAAACUAAACUAGUUGAAGCUGCCAGCAUGAUUGGGAGUGAAGAUGCGCUAAGCGCAUCUGGCAGUGAUAACACCCCACUUCACACAACAACCAAUUCAUCCACAACAAGUGAGGAUCGAAUUGCCUAUUUGGAAAAAGAAGUCUCGCAUUGGCGAACCCAGUACGAGAUCUCGAGAAUUAGCGAUUCCCUGCCACUUGAAAUGUCCCGUCUGGGCAAAGAGAAACAAUACAAUGGACCAUCUCUAGUGUCGGGUAGUUGCUGCAGUACAGCAGCAACUGGAUUGUCUGUGAUUGCAGCUAAUGCUGCUGCUGGAAGUGAUAACAAUAAGGGUGUGCAAAAUGAUAACAACUCACCACAAACAACGUCAACGACAACAAUCAAGGAACAACUUAUUUUCAAUAACUUUUCUAAAAAGUUUGAAGAUCUCCUUAAGACCAAAUGUAUGUCAGAAUCACGCCUAGCAUCAUAUCAAGUAGAAGCUGAUCAUUUGCAUAACUGUCUGGAAAACUCUACUCAAGAACUCAAAGAUAAAGAAACUGAGCUAUUGGUUGCAGGACAAACAAUACAAACACUCGAAGAAGAUUUGGCAACAACUCGUGUCAACUAUGAGGAGCAAAUCAGUGUCCUUACAGAGCAAGUAAUAAGUCUGAGCGAACAGCUGGCUUCGUGUAAAUAAAAUUAAAAAGCUUGUCAUUAUAUUAUUUUUCUUAAAGUAUAAAUAAAUUUAUAAUUUUCCUUUUGAAUUUAA